GCGGGACCAGAUCCAAACGACCAUCUACAGUACAUGCGUCUUGCCCUUGAUCAGGCCCACGAAUCACCACCAAAGCCGUCGAAUUUCCGAGUGGGCGCCCUGCUGGUCGAUGCAGACACCGGCACCAUCUUAUCAAGAGGCUACACGUUGGAGUGCGAAGGCAAUACGCACGCAGAGCAAUGCUGUCUUUUGAAGUUUGCCCAGGAGCACAGUUUGCCUGAAGAACGAAUCGGAGAAGCCCUGCCGCCAAACACCGUCAUAUACACUACCAUGGAGCCCUGCAACCUGCGACUGAGUGGUAACUUGCCAUGUGCAGACCGUAUUAUUAGAACAAAGGGUGCCAACGGGGAGCCGAAGAUCAAAAAGGUCUACCUGGGCGUCAAGGAGCCAGAAAAGUUUGUUGGAGAGAAUGAGGGGAGGAAGAAGCUGGAGGAAAAUGGCAUCGAGUGCAUUCAUGUACCUGGGUUGGAGGAGAAUAUCCUGCAAGUUGCUACUGCUGGCCAUGAGAAGUAAACAUGUAUAUUAUGUAUCAGUUUGAGUGGCUGUGCUUUGAAAGCAGCGAAUCUCAUCAUGGCUUGCUCGAAACAUAACGAGUUGACGGCAGCAAAUACUACAAAUCGAAGCAUCAAUUUCGAUCAGCGAUUAAAAA